ACAAAAAACGAGGGUGGUCUGGUCCACCUUAGCGUUGAGAAUACUUGGCAAUGGUGUGUGGUAGUUGACUUAGCAACGUUUAAAAUUGCAAAGCCACCAAAGUUGAACCUUCCCCAGACACGAACGCCAACUGUACAGACAGAAUACUAAACAUUUCAUGGUCUCCAGAUUUGUGGGUGUCUGAAGAUUCCAUCCACGUAGGAAUUCGUUUGCCCUUGAAUAUUUAUCUCCGGUCAAGAUUUUGUUCUCAUACGCAGACAACGAUUCUUUAUUUGAUGGGAAUUCACGAAUUGCAAAGCGCCAGGUGGCAAUGACGGACAGAGAAGCAUCCUCUGUAUACACGUAACCGUUGGAACUCAUUUAUUGCAGUCUCAAUAUACCUAUUAAUUUGCAGUUUCAAUUUCCCCUCCUGACCAACCCGGCUUGCCUAUCAGGGGAAGAGGAAUCUUUAAGAGAAAAUAGUAAUGAAAAAUCCAAUAUGAGACGUCGUGACAGCUUAGACGAUUCUUUGGAGGGUUUGGCGGCUGGGAGGGGGAAGAAAUGCAAAUAAAGACUAGGGUUUUGAGCGAAACUCUGAUAAACUAGAUCUAUUGUCCACCUCACCCCCAGAGCAGAAAACCGAGAAAUCGAUAGAACAAUGGCAUCCAUUUCUAAUCUUUCGAGGCGGGCGCUGGAAACAGACACGCCGGUCAUGAUAUAUAUGCAACAACUACUCCGUGGAGCCACAGGUUGCAUGUCUCUUGCCCAGGGUGUAGUUUAUUGGCAACCACCAGAACCUGCCCUCGAAAAAGUGAAGGAUGCUAUUAAGGAACCUUCGACUAGCAAUUAUGGUCCAGAUGAUGGACUACCUCAGCUUCGCCAAGCUUUGGUUGAGAAGUUGAGGAGGGAAAACAAUUUGUCCAAAUCAUCUGUCAUGGUCACACAAGGUGCAAACCAGGCAUUUGUGAACCUUGUCUUAACACUUUGCGAUCCAGGCGAUUCAGUGGUUAUGUUUGUACCAUAUUAUUUUAAUGCAUAUAUGUCCUUUCAAAUGACUGGAAUCACAAACAUCAUAACUGGUCCUUGCAAUAUUGAGACACUUCAGCCAGAUGCAGAUUGGUUGGAGGAAAGACUUUCAAGGAAAGGAAAUGAAUCAGUACCAAAACUUGUGACAAUUGUGAAUCCUGGCAACCCAUCUGGGUCUUAUGUUCCAGACCCUCUUCUGCAGAGAAUAUCUGAGCUUUGCAAAAAUGCAGGGUCUUGGCUGGUAGUGGACAAUACUUAUGAGUAUUUCAUGUAUGAUGGGCUGAAGCAUACAUGUGUGGAGGGUCCUCAUGUUGUUAAUGUAUUCUCUUUUUCUAAAGCCUAUGGAAUGAUGGGUUGGCGAGUUGGUUAUAUAGCAUAUCCAUCUGAAGUUGAAGGCCUUGGAGCCCAGCUAUUGAAAGUGCAAGAUAACAUCCCAAUAUGCGCUUCAAUUAUUGGUCAGAAGCUUGCUCUGUAUUCACUAGAGGCUGGGCCUGAAUGGGUUAGAGAAAGAGUACAAAAUUUGAUAAAAAAUAGAGAAAUACUUUUGGAUGCUUUGUCACCUCUUGGUUCAAGUGCGAUUAAGGGUGGACAAGGAGCAAUUUAUCUCUGGGCAAAGUUGCCAAACAAUUCUGAUGAUUAUGAAGUUGUUCGCUGGCUUGUGGAACGACAUGGGGUACUUGUUGUCCCUGGCAGUGCUAGUGGAGGACAUGGAUAUAUUCGUGUUUCUUUUGGAGGCCUUGUUGAAGAUGUCUGCAAAGUUGCUGCAGCAAGGCUCAAACAGGGCUUAGAGGAGCUUGUAAACAAUGGAAUGGUUCUUAAUUAAUUUUCAGGAGUGAGGAUUUGUCUGUACUGCUUUGAUUAGGAGAACAUAAAUUAUUCUGGGUGAUUAUUUGGCAAUAUAUGUCUGAACUUAGAUACUGGCUAUUAUCACUUCCUAGAUAUCUUUAAAUUCGACUCUGCCAACAUGCAUGAUUGCCACUAAUGAAAACGAUGAUGCUGAGGAUCAACUUUCAUAGGCAUGAAGUGAUCAUACUAAUGUUUCACUCAAAAUAAUCUUCAUUGGUAUGGUUGGUAUUGGCAUUAUAUGCAAUUUUUAAUCCUGUUCACAAAAUAAUAAUAAUGUAUCCUUUGCAAGAGAGAUGAUUUAUACCGGUCUCUGCAGCAAUAAACAAGACUAUUGAGCCUAUUCGUGAGGCCUUUGGCUUUAUCUAUAAAGAAAGUAGUUUACUUGGAA